GACCCGGCGGGUACGCGGGGGAAGGGAGAGGAAAAGGAGGGGGACAAAAAAUAAAUAAAUAAAAAAAUAAAAGGCGGCUGCUGCGGCCUCAGCUCCCACCGAAAUAAACAGAGGCGGUGGCGAAGGCUGCCCGUUGCAGCCGCGAGGGAGGAGGAACUCGCGUUGGCCUCCUAGCUUCUGCUCGUGCCGAGGACUUCUCUCCGUCCUCGCUAGUGCGAGCACUCACUCCCGGAUUAGCGCCCUGAGCCGAUCGGCUGGAGAAAGGGGGAGAGCCAGAGAACACUUUUUUAUUGUUGUUAUUGUUAUUGUUUUUCCGACUAGCCUCACCCUGCUCCCCUCCCCCUCCUCUCCUUCUCCCCUCCCACAGUCCCCCUCCCCUCCCACAGUCCCCCUCCCCUGCUCCUCCCCUCCCUCCUCCUCCAGCCCAACUUAAAGAAAGAGGGAACGACGCGCCCGUUUCCUUCAUCUGGGGGAAUUCGUGACCGCUGCAAGUUUACUACUCCGGGCGUCGCCAAUGCCAAGCUCGGAGUGCCAGGAGGGCUAAACCCCCGCAGCAGCCGAGAAGCCGAACAAUACCCGCAGCGCUCUGGGCGGCGCGAGCAAGGCCUCGGGGGAGGGAGCGGCCACCCGAGAGCGCCUUGGACUGGACGCCCAGCCUCCUCCGGGCUGCCCAGCGCCCCUGCGGAGAUCAGGUGGAGUGGCUGGUGCGCCAGGCUCUGGGGCUGGCGGAGCUUGCUGCUGUCUGCUCCCUGCCUGCUUGUGUGCGCACAGCCACUGCCCUAGGGCACUGUGGCCCCGCAGCCGCGUUGACUUCAUUCGGCGGAUGCCGCUGAUCUCAGCCAGGCAUCGGCCGACAGUGCAAGGCAGCUAGCGAGUGAGUGCGUGCGUGCGUGCGCGCGCGGGGGCGCGCAGGGGUGGGGGCCGCGGCGCUGAGCUCGCCCUCCGGCGGCCCCCCUCUCCUCCGCUCCCCACACCUCCCUCCGCUCCCUCCUCCCGCCCGCCCUCCCCUGCCCUGCCCGCCCGCCCCCGCCGCAGCUCCUUUAAUACACUUUGGUUCUCCGCCUGGCUUUGGACUCUUCUCCUCCUCCACCUCCUCCUCCUCCCGCGCCUCCUCCGCCGCCGCCUCCUCUUCCUCUCCGCGCCUUCGCUCCGCGCCCGGCCGCCUGAGGCAGAUACAGGCGGCGGCGGGCGCAGCAGCCCAGCUCCCGAGACUGCAGUCGCCAGUGUUUCCAGCACCCGUUCAAGGAGCCGGGCAUUCGGAGGACGCGCCGCGCCGAUCCGAAGAGGAAAUCCAGGCGGCAGGGCUCACCGGGGCCGGCGGGGCGGCCGGGCGCGCUGGCCAUGCUUCUGGACGCCGGGCCGCAGUUCCCGGCCAUCGGGGUGGGCAGCUUCGCGCGCCACCACCACCACUCGGCCGCGGCAGCGGCGGCUGCGGCGGCGGAGAUGCAGGACCGCGAACUGAGCCUGGCGGCGGCUCAGAACGGCUUCGUGGAUUCGGCCGCGGCGCACAUGGGCGCCUUCAAGCUCAACCCCGGGGCACACGAACUGUCUCCUGGUCAGAGUUCGGCGUUCACGUCGCAAGGUCCGGGCGCCUACCCGGGUUCGGCUGCGGCGGCCGCUGCGGCCGCGGCUUUAGGGCCCCACGCCGCGCAUGUUGGCUCCUAUUCGGGGCCUCCCUUUAAUUCCACUCGGGACUUUCUGUUCCGCAGCCGGGGCUUCGGGGACUCGGCGCCCGGAGGCGGCCAACACGGGCUCUUUGGACCCGGUGCCGGCGGCCUGCACCAUGCGCACUCGGACGCGCAGGGCCACCUUCUCUUCCCUGGCCUCCCGGAACAGCACGGGCCUCACGCCUCGCAGAAUGUGCUCAAUGGGCAAAUGCGCCUAGGACUGCCGGGCGAAGUGUUCGGGCGCUCAGAGCAAUACCGCCAAGUGGCCAGCCCGCGGACCGACCCCUACUCGGCGGCGCAGCUCCACAACCAGUACGGCCCUAUGAAUAUGAACAUGGGGAUGAACAUGGCAGCGGCCGCAGCCCACCACCACCACCAUCACCACCACCCUGGUGCCUUUUUCCGCUACAUGCGGCAGCAGUGCAUCAAGCAAGAGCUCAUCUGCAAGUGGAUCGACCCGGAGCAGCUAAGCAAUCCCAAGAAAAGCUGCAACAAAACUUUCAGCACCAUGCACGAGCUGGUGACCCACGUCUCUGUGGAGCACGUCGGCGGCCCGGAACAGAGCAACCACGUCUGCUUCUGGGAGGAGUGUCCACGCGAGGGAAAACCCUUUAAGGCCAAAUACAAACUGGUCAACCACAUCCGUGUACACACGGGCGAGAAGCCCUUCCCCUGUCCUUUCCCGGGCUGCGGCAAGGUCUUCGCGCGCUCCGAGAACCUCAAGAUCCACAAAAGAACUCACACAGGGGAGAAACCUUUCCAGUGUGAGUUCGAGGGCUGUGACCGGCGCUUCGCCAACAGCAGUGACAGGAAGAAGCACAUGCAUGUCCACACCUCAGAUAAGCCCUAUCUCUGCAAGAUGUGCGACAAGUCCUACACGCAUCCCAGCUCGCUGCGGAAGCACAUGAAGGUCCAUGAGUCCUCCCCUCAGGGCUCCGAGUCCUCCCCGGCUGCCAGCUCUGGCUACGAGUCGUCCACACCCCCGGGGUUGGUAUCCCCCAGCGCAGAGCCACAGAGCAGCUCCAACCUGUCCCCAGCAGCGGCGGCGGCGGCAGCAGCGGCUGCGGCAGCAGCGGCCGCGGUGUCCGCAGUGCACCGAAGCGCGGGUUCUGGCAGCAGCGGUUCCGGAGGGGGCUCGGCGGCCGGCAGCGGCGGGGGCGGCGGCGGGGCGGGAGGCGGGGGCGGCGGCAGCUCUGGCGGGGGCAGCGGGACAGCCGGAGGCCAUAGCGGCCUCUCCUCCAACUUCAAUGAAUGGUACGUGUGAGGGGCCAGGCCUUUCUUCCAUUCCCUGUUCCCUUAUCCACCGUCGCCCUCCCCAAAACCCACCGAGGGCACCUUAGGAUCGUCUUAUUAAAAUUAUGAAUCUGAUUUUUAUGGUGAAAAAGAAAGAUUUUACCAGCAGAAGGAUUUUUUAAAGUUUUUUUUUUUUUAAAGAAAAUAAUCUAGGCAUGAAAAGCAAAAUCUCUCUGUAUGUCUGAAGCUGAAAACGUAAAAAAAAUUAAGAAAGUAAGCCCCACAAAAAUAUAGAGCCAAACUUCCCUAGCCCACUUUCCUUCCCAUAUGCUUCCCAGUCUUUUUGACGAACUGUACAUAGCGGACUCCUUCCUUUUCCACGGUGAUUUUAAUGGCUUAUUGGUGGAUAGAAGUUUGUCCAUUUGUAAACUCCGGAUUGCGUUCCCUCCCGCCCUUCUCCCAUUUCCCUUCCCCAAGUGAUGGGCCUUUUCUUUUUCCUUUUAGUUACCCAGAUUCUUUCUUUCUUUCUUUCCACCCUUUUUUCUUUCUUUCCUUUUUAAAGUAAUGUGGAAGAAAAUGGUUUAUUUUGUAUUGUGGUAUUAAAUAUUGUGUUCCUUUUAAACGAGGCAACUUGAUUGUAAACUUCAUAUGACUAUAGACUGGAAAAUAUGAGCCGUGCCAAAGUCUCCCUUCUGUUUCUUCAACAUACCAACCCAUAGCACACAUCACCACCACCACCAACGCUUGUGAAUGUAUUUUUUUCUGUUAGCUGGGUUUACAUGUGAUGUUUCAGUGCUUUUGCGAGUUCGAUUUGUUAGGUCUUGUAUGAAAGAUUGGGGGAGGGUGGGUGGGUGGGAGUAAACGUUGUGCCGUUAGCUUUUUCCGAAAUAACACCCUUCUGUAAAUAUCCGUUGCCAUAUUUAUCCAUUUGUAAUUAAAUUAUGGUAUUAACUUGCUACAGAGGAAACAAUAUUUAUAAAGAAUGUUUCUUAACUAUAAAUAUGUACAAUUGUGGGCAUAAACUGUUUCAGAUUUUUUAUUUGAAGGUUUAAGUGGUUUGAUCAUUUCUUGUGAUGUUUUGAGAGUAAUGCAUACAGAAAUAUAAUAAAAUGUGUUGAAACUGCA